AUGCAUAAAUUUCAAAGUCUUCAACAGCUACCCAAUCAGUUAUCAAAGUCUUUUCUUACGGGUCUUAACUUGCUUAGUUUAGCAACAGCAAUCCCUGUAGUUAGAGGAAAUGACACUGAUCGACAUGCUUUACUCCAGUUCAAAGCCAAGAUAACUGCUCCAUUCACUUUUGUCAAUGGAUCGGUGUAUCGAAGAGUCACCAAGUUGAAACUUCGAAACCUCAAACUCUCUGGAUCAUUGUCACCCUACAUUGGAAAUUUGAGCUUCCUCAGGGAGUUUGAUCUUGUGGACAACAGCUUCUACAACCAAAUUCCUCAAGAAAUCGGUGGUUUAAGAAGACUGGAAGCAUUACACCUGGGCAAUAACUCUAUCAGUGGUGAAAUUCCUUCCAAUUUAUCUGCUUGUUCUAAGCUUAUAUUAGUUGAUAUGAGCGGCAACCAGCUAACGGGAGAAAUACCUUCUUUGCUGGGUCUCUUGUCAAACCUGAAAGUAUUGGGUUUUGUCCACAAUAGUUUGAGAGGGAAUAUCCCACCAUCGUUGGGGAACUUGUCAUCCUUGGAGGAACUUGGUUUGGAGACUAAUACAUUAAGUGGGAUUAUACCUGAAGCUUUUGGACGACUGAGAAAUCUUUCAUUUUUCUCCAUAUUCGAAAAUGCGAUUUCUUGUCUUGUUCCUGUCCCAAUGUUCAAUCUCUCCAGUAUUAGAAUUUUUGAUAUUGAUGAAAACAAGAUUCAAGGUACUCUUCAUUCUGAUUUACAAAUCAAUAUGCCUCAUUUUGAGUUCUUUUCUGUAGGGGGAAACCAAAUCUCUGGACAAAUUCCAAUUUCAAUCUCCAAUGCCACAAAUCUUAAUGUACUUGAAUUUAAUGGAAACAGGUUCAAUGGAAAUGUGCCUUCAUUAGAAAAUCUACACUGUAUAACCUUGAACUAG